GGUAAACGUAGCUAUUCCACAGCAGUACCUCGCCUACACCUGUUGCAUCGGCAACGCACCACCAACAUUUCGGUUUUGUAAGAUGUGAUUUUAUUUCGGUCGAAAUGGGCCCGAAAGUGUUCGCGUGUUUGUGCCUUUGUACUUUAGUUUUGGGCGUCCAGGCCCAACUGAACGUGGGACUGAUACAGUGCGGCCAAAGGACAUGCAAAGAGUUGGAGUACUGUUCGGAAAUCGACAGGACUUGUCAGCCCUGCGCCAAAAUCUGCGACAGGUCCAACCACAAUUUCGAAGCUAGCCUCUGCACCAAGUCCUGCCAAGACUAUUUGCACGACCAAAUGUACGUCCGCAAAGGGGUUGGAAAGGCUGAAGAUCUUAGAGUGACUGUGGACAACUUAACUCACUUGGUGACUGUAUCUCUUACAUUAACGUGCCUCGUCUUAAUCAUCCUGGCAUGUGUCCUGGGUCUCCAAUUAUACAGAUGGGCCCAAAAGAAGAACAUAACAUUGGCCACCAUCAAACAACGCCUAUCAACAAAGAAGAGUGAAGAAAACUCAGGAGGCAAAACCACCGCUCAACAACCGGAACAACCGACCAAGAAACCGGAUUUAAGAUUGGAAAUACCCCCAUCCGUUGCUCAAUCUGACCACAGUCCAGUCACUAUGACCACAUCGAUCAGCAGAAGACCGGCCGAGGACAGCACGUUGGACUACGCUUACGACAAUCCCGCCAUGACCAACUCCACGAACGCAGAUGAUGGCAGAAAGUUACAUGAUGUCUUGAUUUAGCUGACAAAUUGGCUGAUUAGGGAUUAGAGGAGUGUGGAGUGAUUAUAAAAUACUCGGCAAUUAAAAAAAAAUUGUGAGGAUUCAUUCGAUAUGCAACACGAAAUAAUCUGAAAAUUUUCGUCCAAAUGGAUUUCCACUCUGUCUCAAUUGGAAUUCGUUUCUUGUGAAAAUUUAUUACUAAGUCACGAACGAGAUUAUUUAUUGGCUCUUCUGUUGUGUGGAAUUCAACUUAUUGAAUUAGCAAUAAAAGAUAUUCUCGAUUAACAGUCCAGUUUUUUUUGUGUCCUAAUAAAUCUAAACUUUCCUCCUAAUUUCCAUCAUAAAACGAAUUGUAAUCGAUAAUUCAAAGCUCAAUCAUUUUAUAUUUAAAAAUAAGUUAAUACCUGUACCUGUUCAACAAUAAAGAUUUAAUUUGUUAACGUUUUUAUAUGUUUUAUUUUUGCUUUUAUUGGCUUAUACAUAAUCUUGUUCGUAAAAUUUAUAAAAAUGUGCAAUUUAUGGCAUUAACUUUUAAUAAUAAAAUGUUUAUAAAUGUAUUUAUCAAGAUGAAUCUGAAUUUAAAUUAUAGUCAUUUUUUCUCAAAAUAUUUAUACGAUUUUAGUCAUUAGUCAACAAUAGUUUACAUUAAAAAUUCUUUUUAUUAUAAUAUUUUGAAUUUAUUUAUUUAUGUUUCGAGAUUAACAAUUUCUAUUUUCACCUGCAAAUAUUUUUUGAAGAUCAAUUCUUAAAUUUAUUUUAAACAGUAUAAAAUUGCAGGAUUCACGUGCAUAUUAUUGUGAUAAACUUUUCUUAUAGCUUUAAUAAGUUUGUACUUAUUUUAUUACACUUUUUAUCUUUUGUACAUAAGCAAUGUUAAUUAAUAAAGUUGAUAUACUAGAAUUGUCUUGUGGUACCAUUGUUACAAUUCUAUUAUAGGUACUUUUUUAAAUAAUUUUGAGAAAUUGAUGUUAAAUCAGUUUCUUAAUAUUUGUACUUAUUUUAGGUUACAAUUAGUACUGUAUCCAUACAUUACAUUCCAUGGUGGUUUCAACCCCAAACUGUAUAUGUAAGUUUAUAUUGCAGAUAAGUUAGUUAGUUUGAUAUUAUGUUUGUUAUCGUAUUUACUAAUUGUUGUCUGUUAUUGUAACCCUUGUAAAAUUAAUAAAUUUAUAAAAAUCA